AUGUUCAUUGUCGGUCAUGAGGUAGGUGGGACCGAGGAAGUCCCAGAGAUAUCCUUUGAUGUUGUUGGGUCAACGGGGAAUCUUUACAAGACGACCAUCAAACAGGAUCCCUACUGCGACUGCCCUGACGGUGCGAAGGGCAAUCAGUGCAAGCACAUCUGCUACGGUGAGUCCAUGUACCCGCAAUUUCGUAUUCGACAGCUCCUAUUCAAUCAAUCACUAUCAUUAUGCCGCACCGCCCUCCUUUGUUUGAUCUCUUGUUCUAUUCUUUUACUAAUGGCAUCUGAAGUCCUUGUUCACGCACUCAAAGCACCUGCGCAUCUUCAAUACCAACUCGCCUUCCUCUCUUCGGUACGCAGCAAUGGGUACUGCCAAUCGAGCAUGACCCAUGCCCGAUGGCCUCGAACCCAGCUUACUUACUCUUUAACGCAGGAACUAUGCGAGAUUCUGAGAGGCUCCUCUCUAAGCUUAACCCGUCCCGCCCCCUCAGCUGAAGAAAAUAACGGAAAUCGCAAACCAGUUGACGGAGAUUGCCCGAUUUGCUUCCAAGAGAUGAUCGAAGCUACAGAGAAGAUCGUUUGGUGCAAAGCGGCAUGCGGUAAUAACCUACACAAGCAGUGUUUUGACCAGUGGGCCGCUGCGUCUCGGACGUCUUCCAGUGCUGGCAUUCGCUGUGUGUACUGUCGCUCGUCCUGGAAGAGCGAUGCAGCCGACAUAAACGUACAGUCCAUUCGCAAGAAUAACGCCAAUACCGGACCGGAAGGCUACGUUAAUAUGGCAUCCGAAUUCGGUCUGAGUACUGAACGUGGUAUGGGUCCUUCCCUGUAG